AUGAGUAUAGCUCCUCCCUCGCCGCCCUGCUCCGCUAAGCACAACGAGAACAAUGCACCAAGCUGUGAGACUCCAGGACCAUCCUCUCCAGUCGCGAGCUCAACUUUGCCGGACUCUAGCGACGAAUCGCCUAUCAGAGAGAGUCCGUCAAUGCGCAAAGGUCUAAUGGGCUCGUUGCGAAAGCAAAAGCUGCGGAGCAUCGGCUCUUUACGUAGCUUGCGCUCACCUACCAAGACCAAGCAGUCUGAUACAUCAGAGUACCUCAUAGAUAGUAGUCCGCUGACCCCGAAGCACCGCCUCAACUCAUCGCUUUUACUCUACUUCGAGGAGUCUCCCCCAGACAGACCAAUAUUCGAUCUUGACCGCAUGGACUCCCGAACCUCGAGUUUAUAUGUCCACCAUUCCUCGCCGGUACCGGUCCCAUCACCCUAUGAACAGAUUCCGCAAUCACCUGCCGAUUCAUCGCUCAUACUAGAUGGAACUGUUCCACCAUCACCAGCACCUAUCCAGAAGAUUCUGGACUCAGAGAAGACCAUGGUUCGUUCGUCACCAGCAUAUACCCACGGUCUUCGGGAGGCUGCAGUCUACUUCAAUGAGCCUCUCGUUCGCUUUCCAAACCCAGGAUCCGAAUAUCUGCCUAUCGACGAUUGCUUUUCACUUCCUGCUAAGAGCGAAGACUUAGGUCAGACAUCAGCCCGAGAGGAUCCGUCUGGGGUGGAUCAUGUGGAUAAUUCGCCAGUCUACAACAAGCCGGAUAAGCCAUCAGAGGAUGCGACCACUGAGGUCUCCAAUGCAACGAAUACAGACAGGACACCAGAGGAACAUGCACAGCUCAUCCUUGAGAAAGGCUACCAGGCAUGCGUCUACCGUCGAGCAGACGGAGAGUGUCGUCUGAAAAUCAAUCUGCUCGCCUUUUGUCAUGAAGAUGACGACGACUGCGAAUGGAACAUCAAAACGCAAAUUAGGUUUGCUGCCGCAGAAGAAGAAAAGCUGGCGUCACAAUUGAGCGCCAUCAUUCGGAAUGUGGGGCUUACCUCUAUGUCUGACAGCGAGCUCGAUGAGGCUUUUGCUACAGGAAAACUUCCAGCCAAUCUGGAUGUUGACCCGAGUUGGCAGGUCGUGGAGGAAGUGAAUAUGGGAAAGCGUGACAGUUCCUGGGGCGAGCAUACUGGGCUCUACGAUGGUAGCGGCUAUGGGUCAAGUUCCAGCUCCCGACCUGUGACUGGUGUGACUGAGACGGCCGACGUACCUCAUACACGUAUCCCUGGAGCAUUCGUCGACCACGAAAAUGAAGCGCCUAUGAUCAUCCGCAGGCUGUGGGACAAUACCUAUCCUCACAGUCCAGAUACGGACUCGCCUGUGAAGGCUACCGUGGCUGAUCCCGCAAUCUCCGCAGCGCAAGAGCAGCACAACAACCCCUUGCAAGACUACGAAGCCUUCCAGGGCAUGUUGGAUCUUGGUGGCAGUGCAUAG